AUGAAAGAAUUCGUCCGUUUGUUAUUCUUAUCAGCUCUGUCCAUUACAGUCUCUCUCUCUCAUUCUAUCUCUCUCUCUCUUUCUCUCUUGAUUAUUUGCCACUUUUCAAUUUCCAUUUUGUUGUCUCAUCUGCCAUUGUUUUCUUCUUCCAUUUCUUUUUCUUUCUUUCAUUCUUUUUUUUUUCUUAAAUUUUAUCUUAUUGUCCAUUAUUUCCAUUCUCCUUUUAGUAUCUUUGCUUCAAAUGUUGUUUUUUUUUUCAUUUCUUCUAUUCUUUUUAUCUCUUCCCUUUCUUUACUCCGGUUCAUUUCUAUUUCCAUUUUCUUGUCUCAUCUGCCAUUGUUUUUCUUCUUCCUAUUCUUCUCUCUACUUUCAUUUUUCACAUUUUCUCUUCUCUUGUUUCUUUUUCUCUUUCUUCUCUUUUCAUUAUUUAUUUACUAUUUUUCCUUUCUUCUCUCUAUCCUUCUACUUUUUUUAUUUCUUCUCUUUUUUUCAAGCUUUUCUUCCUUUAUUAUCUUUUCUCUAAUUAUACUUUUUCAAUUCUCUCUCUCGCUCUCUCUCUCUCUCUCUUCUGUAUUCUUAUUUUCUUUCCAUAGUUUUUUUUCUUUUUCACUUCUCUCUCUUUCAAAUCGUUCUUUUCUUUUUACCUUUAUUUUCCUCUAUCUUUCUAUUUCCGUUUUUCCUUUUUUCGUUUCUUCUAUUUUUCACACAUUUUUUGUAUCAUUGCUUUUUUUCUUUUUUCUCUAUUUCUUCUUCUUCCACUUCUCUCUUUCUCUAUUUCUUCUUCUUCCAUUUCUCUCUUUCUCUAUUUCUUCUUCUUCCAUUUCUCUCUUCCUCUAUUUUUCUUCUGACAUUUCUCUUCUCUACUUCUCUUUCCUUUUUCUCUCUUUUUCUAAUAUAUUCUAG